AAAAACCUAUAUUGAUCUAUUUGUUUAUUUAGUGUUAAUAUUUAAGAAAUUAUAACAGAAAAAUGGAUUUUAAUAUAAAUUUAUCAACUUUACAACAACAAUGCCGUAUUUGUUUACAAAAUGGCCAUGUAAAUAUAUGGAAUUGUAAAGUUUCUUUAGCAGAAGAUGUACAAUAUCAAGAAAAUUCUUUGAAUUUAAAGGAUUCCAUGGAAAAAACAUUUUUGGAACUAAUGCAUAUAUUUAACAAUAGUCAAGAUUUAUUGAAUUUAACCGAUGAAUUUCCUUUACUCUGCUGGCAAUGUCUGGAGGAUUUAAAAUAUUGUUAUAUAUUCUAUGAAAAACUUAAAUUAGCCAAUAUACAAUUGAAAAAUCUAUAUCAGGAAUCGCUUAAUCAGUGUAUAGAUGAAGAGCAUCUUAUAGAAGUGGUGGAAGAAAAAGAUAUGCAAGAAUUUGAAGCCACUAGAGAAGUUAGUCCCUCAGAAACUUUGGCACAUGAGAAACACCUACAAUUCUAUGAAAAUACUACUAAUAAUGAAGAAAAUCAUCUUAUAACAUUUCACAAAACCAAACGUUCUCAACAUAUUGCUUUAAAUAAAAAUGAUUCCUUUAUUGUUACACAAUUUAUACCCGAAACUCUGGAGUCAAAGAAAAGGCAUACAGCAACAACCAAAGAAGAUGAGGAAGAGUGUACCACACCACAAAAUCUAUUAACAGUUAAUUUAAAAGCUGUUGAAGUUAGAGAUGUUAAGAAUUUAGAAAAUCUUGAAACUACUCAGCAUCCGCAAACAGAUUUUACCGAACCUGCUGUCUAUAUAUGUCAAUAUUGUCCUCAAGCUUUUGCCAAAUCGGAUUAUCUUAAAACACACAUACAAAAAUCUCACGUUUGUAAAUUUUGCACCCAAACAUUUAGCAUAACAGAGGAGCUCUUCAAACAUAUACGUGAGAUACAUACCGAACAUAAAUGUGCCAUUUGCCACAAGUUGCUAAGUUCUCAUACAAAUCUGAGACAUCAUAUUAAAAGAGUACAUCGCAUAAAGCUACCCGCCAAAGUAACUUUACUAGAUUUUAUUAAAUCCACAAAUUUGGAAGAAAAUCUGCAGGAAAAUGUAGAGGAAUUGGUUUCAAAUGAAAUGGAUUUUGAUACACAAUACGUGUGGCAAAAUGAUGAUUGUAUAGAAUUAGUUAGUGAAAAUAAUAUAGAAAUGAAAUAGAAAUAUUUAUUGCACUUAAA